CGAGGCGGCGUGUUUAUUUACCCAAGCCUUGCUGGCUUCCCCUGUCUUACUCUCCGCUGGGUGUCGCGUGGAGUAUCGUGGUGCUCCGCCGUUCGCGUAAAAAUAAAUCGGAAACCUAAAUUCAGUGAGUCCGCAUUUACGCAGUUAACCUUCGACGGUUGUGUAGACUGAAGUGCCGCUGGUUUCAAUAAGAUCGAUCAACCAUGAGAAUCAUCGGAACCCGCUUUCCCAACAGAGUUCGAUCUCUUCUGGAGCAGAUCAGCGAUGCCUCUUGUCGGUGUCCAUCACACGCGGGAGGCACAACAUCGCGUACUCUUCCGACCGCCGCAAAACACCUGGACGAGGGUCAUCAAGCUAGCAGCGAUUAUGCCUUUGAGAUGGCCUGCUCGAAUAUACGAUACGGGAUGGGAGUGACGCGGGAGAUCGGGAUGGAUCUAAAAAACAUGGGUUCGCGGAAAGCAUCCGUUUUCGUAGAUCCCUAUAUCCUCGAGAUGCAACUGCCACCCGUGAAGGCAGUUCUGGAUUCCCUGCACGCCCACAACUGCAAUUACGAGAUAUUCUCGAACAUUCGAGUAGAGCCCACGGACUCAAGUUUUCAAGAUGCCAUUGACUACGUUCGCGCGAGAGAUUUCGACGCAUUCGUUGCGGUUGGUGGAGGUUCAACCAUGGACACGUGCAAAGCCGCCAAUUUGUUUGCAGCUGAUAAAUCUGCGAACUUGCUGAAGUAUACGAACGCACCGAUUGGCAGAGGAGAACCGGUGCGACACACGCUGGCUCCACUAAUAGCAGUGCCCACAACCGCAGGGACGGGAAGUGAAACAACAGGCACAGCGAUUUUUGAUUACACUCCAUUGCACGCAAAAACUGGGAUUUCUAAUAGAUCUAUCCGACCCACUUUGGGGGUCGUUGAUCCUCUACACUUGCGAUCACUUCCUGAACGAGUGGCUGCUUACAGUGGAUUCGACGUUUUGUGCCACGCGCUGGAAUCGUUCACUGCUAUACCAUUCCAUGAACGAAAACCACGCCCAGAUAAUCCCAUAAACCGUCCUGCAUAUCAAGGAAGCAAUCCGAUCUCCGAUAUUUGGGCGAGGGAAACGCUAAGGAUUAUCAGGAAAUACUUCGUCAGGAGCGUAAGGGAUCCCGAAGAUAUGGAAGCGAGGAGCCGCAUGCAUUUGGCGUCUGCAUUUGCAGGAAUCGGAUUCGGAAACGCGGGAGUCCACCUCUGUCAUGGAAUGUCAUAUCCCAUCUCUGGCUGUGUCAAGGACUACAAAGCCGCCGAUUAUAAGUCACCCCAUCCCCUCAUUCCUCACGGACUCUCGGUCGUGAUGACGGCCCCAGCCGUUUUCCAAUUCACAGCCCCCGCCUGUCCAGCGCGUCAUUUGGAAGCUGCAGCUUUACUCGGAGCAGAUAUUACGUCCGCAAAGGAAGAGCACAGUGGAACCGUGUUGGCCGACAUAGUGCGGUGGUACAUGCUGGAGCUAAAAAUUGACAACGGUUUGGCUGCCUUGGGCUUCACAACGGCAGAUAUACCUCAAUUAGUGGAAGGAACUCUACCACAGCAUCGCGUGACGAAGUUGUCACCACGACCGCAAGCAGUGGAAGAUCUCGCAACUAUCCUGGAAAAUUCGAUGACAGUGUAUUAGCUUCGUUCUUGAGUCGAUAUUACAGAAAGAAAUACAGGCGUCGGUAAUCACA